AUGUUCUCCUCCUCAGUACGGCGGGUGGCCUUCACGGCCCCGCAGACGCCGAUUGCUUCCUCGUUCCACGUCUCAAGCAUAGCUCCGCGAACGGCGGCAUCCUCACAGGUCUUCACGUACCGCCAGCGACGAUACUCCUCCUCCAAACCUUCCAGCCCGGCAGAUGGCUCUAGUGGGAUUAACGAGAUAGCUGCUGCGCCUGGGAAGUCGAAAAGCAAGGCUGAUGGGAAAGGUAAGAAGAAGGGGAAGAAUACUGCGGCGGCGAAUAAAACUCGAGAUGAAUCGACGAGACAUCUGCCCAGUGUGCCGAGUACACAGCAUAUUCCUCAUUUGCAAAUCAGCGCAUCAGACUUCUUCUCCCUCUACCGGCCCAUGUCUCUAACACAAAUUUUCCCCAAAGCCGUAACAGACGAAGCCUUCGCAUCGAUCUUCACGCCUCGGACAAAAGCCAACAAAACGGAAGGAGUGAUCUCUGUGCUCUCUGAGAUUCAGCAAGACUUCGAAGAGAUGUCACGGCAGAUGAGCGGCGUCAAGAUCACCGUUGCGCAGGAAAGCGAAGAUGCGUGGAAGGAAGAGACCGACGACGUACGAGCUGCUAUUACCGCCGAAUCGUACCAUAAUAAAUCUGGAGAAGUGAAGAAUCUGGAUGGUGCACCGCAUGAGGGAGGAGAGAAUAUCAUGGAUUUUCCACCCCACAUUUUGUCUGGUCGAUACCGCCCUUUUCACCCACCUCCAGCUCCUAUGCCGAUGGAUUCGAUCGACUGUCUUGCAGCAGGAAAGGAAGCUGCGCAACAUGAGCAAGAACCUCUACAUAGAACGUAUACAGCUAUGUUGACUAUCGAGGAAUCUACCGAUGCGAACGGCGAUGUAACGUACAUGGCACAUAGCUCGCCCCUUAUCGAAGACGCACCUCGAGCCGGACCUACGAAGUUUCUAGAGCGGAUGCAGCAGCGUAGGGAACGCUACAGGAUACAGCGGCCAGAGGAGACCGACAUGCUUGCUAUCAGCGUGAAGAGGCAACGCAAGCUGAAGAUGAAGAAGCACAAGUAUAAGAAGUUGAUGCGGAGAACAAGAAAUUUGAGACGCAGAUUGGAUCGUAAUUAG